AUGCAGAAAACCUGGAGAGGCUACAGGGAACGAAAAAUAUUUCUGAAGAAAAAAGAGAGCCAAAUAAUCAUCGCUUCAGCUUGGAGAAGUUGGAGGGCGAGAGAAGAAUAUAGAAUAUUAAAGAGAAGAAAAUUAGUUGACUGGGCAGUGCGUGUUAUACAGAGGCAUUUCAUUAGAUGGAAGAGGAAAAAGUUCCUGUUACAAUUAGCUGAAGAGUUGUCUAUCUGCAGUGAUUCCCCUAUUAACAGAGACUGGCCUCAUUGUCCUAGUAGGUUAGCUGAGACCAGCUUAUUAUUAAGAAGAAUGCACCACAAAUGGAGAUGUCACAAAUAUAGAAUGAAAUUCGAUCAAACUGCCAGAAAUAGGAUGAGAGAGAAAGUGACUGCUAGUCUUAUAUUUAAAGAUAGAAAAAGUUCUUAUCCCAGGAGUGUUUCCCACCCUUUUUUGGGUGACUAUGUAAGAUUGAGGCAAAAUGUGCAGUGGAAGAAAAUAUGUAUCGAAACUAAUGAUCAGUACGUUGUAUUUGCUGAUAUAAUAAAUAAAAUCACUCGUUCAAGUGGAAAGUUUGCUCCAAUACUAUUUGUGCUUUCUACGAGUGCUAUGCUAAUAUUGGACCAAAGGACUCUUCAAAUAAAAUAUCGUGUACCUGCUGCUGAAAUCUAUAGGCUUUCUCUAUCUCCAUACAUAGACGAUGUUGCAGUGUUUCAUGUGAGAGCGACCAGCCCAAGCUGCGAAUCUGGUAGUGAAGGAGGACCGGGCUGCUUGUUUCAAAGCGAAAUGGCGAUAAAAAAAGGAGAUUUUGUCUUCCAAACUGGUCAUGUUAUCGAAAUAGUUACAAAGCUGUUUCUCGUUAUACAAAAUGCAGUUGGGAAACCUCCACAGGUCAACAUCACAACUGAGUAA